CCAAAAGUUUUACCGCUUCUUCCAUUUCAAAAGCCUCACCUUUUCUUGGGAUUUCUCAGCAUUUUGAGCCCAAUUUUUUGGAACCCUUUCGUUUCUUCGGUGCUUGAAAUGGGAUCUCAUGAAGCUCAGGAGAACCAUGUUGCAGCAUUAGGGGGAUCGAUAUCUUUCGGGAGAUUCUUGUCGGAAUCGCUAGACUGGGGCAAAUGGUCUUCCUUCCACCAUAACAGAUACUUGGAAGAGGUCGAGAAGUACUCGGUGCCGGGUAGUGUUGCUCGGAAGAAAGCUUACUUCGAAGCUCACUACAGGAGGGUCGCAGCUACGAAGGAAGCAGCAAAUGCUUCCAAUAAAAGCUUACCUGGGAGGCAAACAGAUGUCGCUGGAUUCGUAGAAUCUGAGAAGAAGAGUAAUCGUAUGGUUGACCAAGGUGCUUGUUUUUCGAGAGCAGGUAUCAGUUUUGAUCUGUGUGAAGUAGCACAAGUGGAGAAGGAGAAUGCCACAGAAGAAGAUAAGAGUCACAUCGGUUCUUCUCUGCAACUUGAAGCAACAGAUGUAGCAGUUGAAGAGGGUGAACAAGUAGAAUCUGAGGAGAAGAGUAAUCAUACGGUUGACAAUUCGAGAAAAGGUAUCAGUUUUAAUCUGUGUGACAAGAGCAAUGAACCACAAGUAGCAGAAGCGGAGAAGGGGAAUGCAAUAGAAGGAGAUGAGAUUCGCAUUGGUUCUUCUCUGCAACUUGAACCAACAGAUGUAGCAGUUGAAAAUAUUGAAAACAAGAACAAGUCUUCUGGGUUUGAGCUUAGUGAGAUCUGUACAUCGGAGAAGAAGCCACUGAAGGUAAUGUGCUUGGCUAGUUCUUCGGUUCCGGUUUCAUAUCCAUGUCAAUGCCACUGA